AUAUAUAAAGACCCAAAUAAGGUGAAGUUCAUAUACUUUAAAUCUUGCUAAUAGAAUUCAGGUAGCAAGUAUGGAAUCCCAAAAUAAUGAAGAGAAUGUUGCUUCCAAUUUGCUCAAGGCUCAAAGUCACGUAUGGAAUCACAUUUUCAACUUCAUAAAUUCAAUGUCGCUUAAAUGUGUAGUUGACUUAGGCAUACCAGAUAUUAUACACAACCAUGGGAAACCCAUGCCUAUCUCAAAACUCAUUUCUUCACUACCAAUCCACCCUUCAAAAAAGCCUUGCAUCCAUCGCUUGAUGCGAAUCAUGACUCACUCUGGCUUCUUCUCUCAACAAAAUAUUGCGGCGAAUGAGCCAGAAAUUGAGUAUAUGUUAACUGAUGCAUCUAGAUUAUUACUUAAGGAUAAUCCAAUGAGUGUGACACCAUUCGUGUACGCGAUGCUCGAUCCAGUUAUGAUGAAUCCUUGGCAUCAAUUCUCUAUGUGGUUAAAAAAUGAUGAUACUACAUCAUUUGAAACGACACACGGGAUGUUGUUAUGGGAAUAUGCUGCGUGUGACUCCAAAUUUAACAACUUAUUUAAUGAGUCAAUGGCAAAUGAUGCUCAAUUAGUUUCCAAUUUGUUGGUUGAGAAGUGCAAGGGAGUGUUCAAUGAAUUUGAGUCAUUGGUUGAUGUUGGAGGAGGAACAGGGACUAUGGCAAAGACUUUUGCCAAAUCAUUCCCACAAAUGGAGUGCAUUGUGUUUGAUCUACCACAUGUUGUUGAUGGUUUGCAAGGAAGUGAGAAUCUAAGCUAUGUUGGUGGAGACAUGUUUAAAGAAAUUCCGCCAACCGAUGCAAUUCUGUUGAAGUGGAUAUUGCAUGACUGGAAUGACGAAGAAUGUGUGAAGAUAUUAAAGAAUUGUAAGGAUGCAAUAUCAAAGAAAGGUAAAGAAGGAAAGGUAGUUAUCAUAGACAUGGUGUUAGAUUGUGAGAAGGGAGACAAUAAUGAAUCGGUUGAAACAAAACUCUUCUUUGAUAUGUUGAUGAUGGUAACACUCACCGGAAAAGAGAGAACCAAGAAAGAAUGGGUUAAAUUGAUUUCUUCGGCCGGUUUUUGUGACUACAAGAUAACUCCAAUUUUAGGGUUAAGAGCUGUGAUUGAGAUAUAUACCCCUAAAAUAUAAAACUUAGCAAAAUGUUACAUUUAUCUCCUCUUUUCUCCCUUCUUCAUCCAAUAAAAGAGAAGUGAUUUUGGCAAAUUAUUUUGUCCUUAAAUCACCUCCUCUUCAUCGCUUUUCUCCCAUUUUAUCUAAAUAUUCAUUGAUUUAGUUUUUCUUUCGUGUUUUUUAGUGAUUUCGUCAUCAUUGUGUGAUAUUGUUUUGUUAUUCGCUUGAGUGCAACAAUGUUUAGUUUUUCAUAUUGUGGUGUUCGUUUGGUUCAUAUUAUUAGAUCAAUUUUGAUCCACUAUAGACCCAUUCACAAAUACAUCCUUUUCAGUUUUAGCUAUGUUGAAUUUGUAAUCUUGUUUUUGUUUUAUUUUACCAAUUGGAAUUAAUAUUUAUCUUUUUUAUGAAGUAAAUAAAUUCCUUGUUGGACUCUAUAAUUUAUUA